AUGCAAUUUAAAAGGUUUGUUAAUCCAUUAAGUUUUUUAUUUCUCUUAGGGGCAGGCUUGUUAACGUUAAUUCUAAUCAUUUCAGGUGGUAGAGACGGUGGUAUUCUCAAAAAUUUCUAUUGGUUCCAAGGUGAUACAAAUGGCUUCAAUAAUGCUCCAAGUACAACAAGAUGGUUCAAUUAUCAAUAUUGUGGGUACGAAAAUGGUCAAUUGAUGGAUUGUUCUUCCAGGGGGGCUGCUAAACCUUUCUCUCCAAGAGAUAAUUUCGGUUCUUCUCCAAAUAUGCCUUCCACAUUCUUAAAUAAUAGAGAUACUUAUUACUAUCUUUCUAAAGUGGCUUGGGCUAUGCUAUUAAUCGGAACGGCUUUCACCAUUUUCACAAUAGUUCCUCAAUUCAUUAGUUUCUUUUUACACAGAAAUGUUACAAAUUUCAUCACUAUGGCAUUCUCUUGGAUUGCAUUCUUCUUCUUACUAUUGGCAGCUUGUUUGUACACUGGGUGUUAUGUCAAGGCAAGAAAGGCAUUCCAUCAUGAUGAUAGAGAUGCUCACAUGGGUGCUAAGAAUUUCGGUUUCAUUUGGGCCUCUGUAGCUUUGAUGUUGAUCAAUAGUAUUGCCACCACUGUUUAUGCUGCUUUACAUAAAAGAGAUAAUACACCUACCGCUUAUGAUCAUUCAAAUAUGUCUUAUCCUGAAUAUGAUAACUCGGCUGCUGAGAAAUCAACUAUAGGAAGUAGUGUAUUUGGUAAGAAAAAAAUGUUCAAGAAAACGAAAAAACAACAAGGAUACCAGAAUAAUGACGCUACAAUGACAACAAACCCAAACCAAAAUGUUGUAGCAGAUGAUGGACUAGUGACAACUAACCCAAGAGGUGAAGUUGUUCAAAAUAUACCUCCAACCGUAUAA